UGAAAAAUUCCCCCUCUCUUUCUUCUCCACAACUUUUGAAACCGCUUCUGCUUUCCCUCCACAAACCCUGAACCGCAUCUAGUUACAUCGAGAGCUUCAAUUUUCCGGUGUUCGAUCAACAAUGGCUGCGGCGGCGGCGAUGGUGAGCUCCGCCGGAGCGCUACUGGCGAUGCUGAACGAAAGCCAUCCGGCGCUGAAGCUGCACGCGCUCUCCAAUCUCAACGCCUUUGUUGACCUCUUCUGGCCAGAGAUAUCAUAUUCCGUCCCUAUCAUUCAAAGUUUGUAUGAAGAUGAAAAGUUUGACCAGAGGCAGCUAGCUGCAUUGCUUGUUUCAAAGGUUUUCUAUUACCUGUGUGAACUUAAUGACUCUUUGUCAUAUGCUCUGGGAGCUGGUCCACUAUUUGAUGUAUCACAGGAUUCAGAUUUUGUUCGUACUAUUCUUGCAAAAGCAAUUGAUGAAUAUGCCAGUCUGAGGACCAAAGCAGCGGAGGCAAAUGAUGAAUCUACAGUACUUGAUUCUAGACUUGAGGCAGUUGUUGAGAGAAUGCUUGACAAAUGUAUAACAGACGGAAAAUAUAAACAAGCCAUAGGAAUGGCUAUUGAAUGCAGACGAUGGGAUAUUCUUCAGGCGGCAAUUAUAAGGAGUGAUGAUAUCCAAUCUACCAUUAAUUAUUGCAUGGAUGUAUCCCGUUCCUUUCUCAACCCAAGAGAGUAUCGGCAUGAGGUAAAUAUAAUCAAAUAUAUAAUGGGCUUGGUCGAAUCUUUAAAAAAUCAACUGAUUAUUCUCGUGCAGGUGCUUCGUUUUCUUGUAAAAAUGUAUGAGCAGCUUUCUCCUGAUUAUUCAAGUAUUUGUCAAUGCCUAAUGAUGUUAGAUGAUUCGGAGGGCAUUGCGAAAAUAUUGGAGAAACUCUUACGAUCAGAAUAUGUGAAUCAUGCACUAUUGGCUUUUCAAAUAGCCUUUGAUCUUGUGGAGAAUGAGAACCGAGCAUUCCUUUUGAAGGUGAUGAGUCAGCUUUCCACACCCAAGUUACAGCCAAGUGGAAAUAUACAUGAAGAAGUGUAUGCUGAGGAGUUCACAAAAAUAAGACGAAUUUUGUUCGGAGAGGUUUCGAUGCAGUUGUCGAUGCAAUUCUUGGCCACUAAUGACAAGUUGGAUUUUAUCAUUAAGAAAAUAGAGCAGUCUGUUGACAUGACAAAUAGCGUCUGCCAUAAUGCGAUUAUUUACUCCAAUGCUAUUAUGCAUGCUGGGACAACUGCCAAUGAAUAUAUUAUGGAGAAUCUGGAGUUGCUGAAUAGGGAUAGCAAUUGGGCUAAAUUUAGUGCAAUGGCAGGACUUGGAGUCAUCCACAGAGGCCAUCAACUGCAAAAUAAAUCCGUUUUGGAUAUUUACAUGCAACACGGUGCUAGCGACGGUCCCUACACUGCAGGUGGACAACGGUUUGGUCUUGGUUUAAUGCAUUUGAACAAUAAUGAAGAAGACAUUAAAACAUUUCUGCGCGGGAGCUUAUCAAGCAGUAGUGUUGAGGUUAUUCAGCAUGGUGCUUGCUUAGGUCUUGGUUUGGCAGCAUUGGGCAAUGCUGAUAAUGACGUUUUCGAAGACUUGAAAAACGUGUUGUACACUGAUAGUGCUCUUGCUGGUGAAGCUGCUGGCAUUAGCAUGGGUUUGUUAAUGGCUGGAACUGCAAGUGAGAGGGCUGUAGAAAUGCUUGAUUAUGCCCACAAAACUCAGCACGAGAAGAUUGUUAGAGGUUUGGCUUUGGGAGUAGCUUUGACAGUUUACGGAAGAGAGGAAGAAGCCGAUACACUCAUUGAGCAAAUGACUCGAGAUCAAGAUCCGAUCUUGCGUUAUGGUGGCAUGUAUGCUAUAGCAUUGGCAUAUAGAGGUACAUUAAACAGUAAGGCCAUACGUAAGCUGCUGCACUUUGCUGUGUCUGAUGUCAGCAAUGAUGUCAGAAGGACAGCUGUCAUUGCCCUCGGGUUCGUGCUGUAUUCUGAUCCUGAACAGACUCCUCGAAUGGUUUCACUGUUAUCCAAGUCGUACAAUCCGCAUGUUAGGUAUGGUGCAGCAUUGGCAGUUGGAAUUUCGUGUGCAGGCAGUGGUCUUAGUGAGGCUAUAUCUUUGCUCGAGCCUUUGACUUCAGAUGAUGUUGACUUUGUUCGACAAGGUGCUCUAAUUGCAAUGUCUAUGGUGAUGCUCCAGAUAAGUGAAGUCAGUGAUUCUCGUGUGGGUGCUUUUAGGCGACAAUUGGAAGAAAUUAUCCUCGAUGAGUGGGAAGAAACAAUGAGCAAGAUGGGCGCAAUUUUAGCUACGGGAAUUAUUGAUGCAGGUGGAAGAAACGUGACAAUCAAAUUAAUGUCGAAGACGAAAUACGAUAGAAUGACUGCAGUUAUUGGUCUUGCUGUGUUCACGCAGUAUUGGUAUUGGCACCCGCUUUUACAUUUCAUCAGUUUGGCAUUUUCGACAACUGCUUUCAUCGGUCUGGAUUACGAAUUGAAUAUGCCAAGGUUUCAGUUUCUAUCGCAUGCGGAGCCAUCUCUUUUCGAGUACCCUAAGCCUACGGUACCUAUAACUACUACACCUGUAAAACUACCUACCGCAAUUUUGUCCACGUCAUCAAGACGCAGAGUCCGUCCCGGUAAGAAAGAAAACGAGAAGGCAGAUUCCAUGCAGGUUGAUAGCUCCACGGAGAAGAAAUCCGAACCCGAGCCAAGUUUUGAGAUAUUGGACAAUCCAGCAAGGGUGGUCCCCACACAAGAAAUAUAUAUAAAAUUUCUUCCACUUAGCAGAUAUGUGCCCGUGAAGUCAGCACCUUCAGGAAUUGUGAUUUUAAAAGAUCUGCAAAUUGAAGCAUAUUAUAUCAUCUGAAAUACGAGAUGACACAUCUUAGUGUGUGUAAUGUGUGUGGUUGUAUAUAUUAUACGUGCCUAUAAUCCAAGUUUCUAUUGAUGGAGAAGCUUCUACAUUUUCUUUCUCGUGUUUUUUCGGUAUGUCAUGUAACCACCGUGUAAUAAGGGCAAGGGAAUGUAGAAUCUUCAAUUUUGAGUCUUUGUUUUUGCCUUUUCGCUUGUAUCGAUUGUUUGAUUGAAAAUCGGGUUUUGCCGAUCGAAAUUUUUUAAGGUCGGAGUUUUUGAAGGUUGAGAGAUAGCUAUGUAUAGCACCUUUGUAUAUGAGUUUCUUCUUCCCUUUGAAUUGUUAUUAAGUUUUGCUAA